AUUUGGAGUUUCGCAUCACAACCCAGCAAAGGGCAAAAGCGCAGCAGCAGCAUCAGCAUCAGCUUCAGCUUCGUGUGAAAAACCAACAAACUUUGAAACCUUCCUUCGAUUUGACUCGCUCUUCCUUCCCAAUCCCUUCGUCUUCCCUAUAAAUUCAACCUUCUUCUCCAUUUUCUUCUCAACUCUGCAUUUCCCUCUCCUCCCCCAAUCUUUCAGGUUGUGAUUUUGCUUGAUUUCUGCUUCUGGUUUAGUCAUGAGCACCGAGGAGAAUGCCAACGGUGAGAAGAAUCGAGUUCCGAGGUUAAACGAAAGGAUCCUUUCGUCUCUAUCGAGAAGAUCGGUUGCUGCACAUCCAUGGCAUGAUCUUGAGAUUGGACCUGAUGCUCCCAAGAUUUUCAAUUGUGUUGUUGAGAUUACGAAGGGAAGCAAAGUUAAAUAUGAACUUGACAAGAAGACAGGGCUGAUCAAGGUUGACCGUAUUCUGUAUUCAUCAGUGGUCUACCCUCAUAAUUAUGGCUUCAUUCCCCGCACACUGUGUGAAGACAAUGAUCCAAUGGACGUUCUAGUUCUAAUGCAGGAACCAGUUCUUCCCGGUUGUUUUCUCCGAGCCAAGGCCAUCGGACUGAUGCCCAUGAUUGACCAGGGAGAGAAGGAUGAUAAGAUCAUUGCAGUUUGUGCUGAUGAUCCGGAAUACAAGCAUUACACUGACAUCAAAGAGCUUCCCCCUCACCGUCUCUCUGAGAUUCGCCGCUUCUUCGAAGACUAUAAAAAGAACGAAAACAAGGAGGUGGCGGUCAACGAAUUCUUACCUUCAGGCGUUGCUCAUGAGGCCAUUCAGUACUCAAUGGAUCUUUAUGCUGAGUACAUUCUGCAUACUCUUAGGCGGUAGACCGAUGCAAUUUAUCCCGCCGAGCACCUUAAUAAAAGGCGGUCGUAACAUCGAUAAUAUUUCCAACAUACAUGUUAUGUUUUACUGAAAUAUGGGACUGUUAUAUUCUGUUUGUCUUAGAUUAAUCCCAUGUCAAGGCCCGAGCUGUUUAGUUUUUGUUUUCCUUCAUGAAUUUCUUAUCACUACAUUGAAUGAGUACUCAACAUUCUCUUAACAAUUUUCAAUUAAGAAAUACUAUCGAAAAUGGUUAUUUAUUCA